AUCUAGCUGACCUUUGUACUGUGUACGUAACUAUGCUAGUAUAGCUAGCUAGCUCAGUAACUAUUAGCUACUAGCUCGACCACUAUACUAGGUGCUAUAUCAAGCUAGCUACGUAGCUGUUCUGAACUUCAUGGAGCAAGUAGUCUCUGCAGACCACGGCACUGGGACUUGUGAUGGCUUGGAUCAUUUGAUUGAGAAUGUGGACCCCAUCCUUGGCCAGUGUACUCGAGAUACAGAGUGUACGCAAGUCAGCUGCUCAGGUUCACAAACCGUUGGAGUGCCUGAUGCAACCAUAACUCUCCUACCUUGUAAUGUACCUCCAGCCAUCAAUAUUUUUGCCAUUUCUGGAGGUAUAGUGGUAGGGAACUACACUACAUCGACCAAUGCAGCGGACCAGCCACUCACCGUAGGGGGUACCACCGUUGCUCUUCUUGACUGGAUUGUUGCUUACAACUCUGUCAACAUGGAAUUUAAAAUUCAGAUCAACGGAUCAGUUCUUCCUACCUUAAACAUGAAGUCGCCUCUUAUCAAUGAAACCAUUAUUCCAACAGUGUGUGCAGGUACAACACCUCCACCGACGACUACCAACGUUGGACCAACGAGUGACUCCUUGUCUUGUGAUGGCUUGAGUGAUUUGACUGAAAAUGCGGACCCCAUCCUGGGCCUGUGUACUCGAGAUGCACAGUGUACGCAAAUCAGCUGUUCAGGUUCACAAACCGUUGGAGUGCCUGAUGCAACCAUAACUCUCCUACCUUGUAAUGAACCUCCAGCCAUCAAUAUUGUUGCGAUUGCCGCUGCUGGAGAUGUGAUAGGGAAUUACACUACAUCGACCAAUGCAGUGGACCAGCCACUCGCAACACCAGAGGGAAUCACCCUUGUUCGUCUUGACUGGAUUGUUACUUACAACUCUGUGAACAUGGGACUUAAAAUUCAGAUCAAUGGAUCACUUUUCCCUGCUUUAGACAUGAAGGUACCUCUCUUCAAUACAACCACUAUUCUGAUAGAUACGUCGGUGUGUGCAGGUGCUCCAAAACUUCAGUUUAUGCUUGCUGGACUGAUAGCCUCCCUCCUUGUAGCCAUGCUUGUGUAACUGCUAUACAGUAGUCUUGAAUACAACUCAGAGUUUAACUUUCACUAUAUAGAUUUAGUGUGCUCUAUUGUGAAUAAUGAUAGUGGUGAUUGAGAUUGAUAAAUUUCAUGAUUAUAGUAUUGUCCUAUUGUGUUUGUCACAAUUCAGCUUUCAUUAUUGCUUUUGGUGGUUAGACAAAAUG